AGCGGUCCAGGAAGUGGCGGGCAGAAGUGCCGAGCCCGCAGCCAUGGAGGGCGACUCGCUGCUGCAGGCGCUCGGGGCCAGCCGCCGCCGCUUCCAGAAGCAGAUGCAGCGGCUCUUCGCGAAGUACGACCAGGCCUUUGAGGAUGCCCCGGUGGUGCAGAUGACCACGCUGACCUACCAGACGCCUCAGGGUUUGAGGAUUUGGGGUGGAAGACUUGUGAAGGAGAUGAACCAAGGACAAAUCCAGGACUUGCCCCGGAAGAUGGUGGACAGGAACGAGGACCCUGUGCAAGCUUCAGCCAGUGGAAGCCCCCCGCCCUGCAUGCUAGAGGGAGCUGAUGUUGACAGCUGUGACAUGGAGGCCACAUUCUCUCAGGAACACCGGGAUGCUGGGACCCUGGAGCCUGUCCUGCUGCUGAGCCCUCUGAAAAAUGAGUUGAGAAGGAAAUACCUGACCCAAGUGGACCUGCUGCUGCGGGAGGACUGCUGUGCAGAGGGAACCAAUGACGGAGAGGAGAAGGACACGCCUGGGGCCCUGGUACACUCCCCAACCUCACCAUCCAGUCCUGCCUGUGGAUGCAACAGGUGCGUGGCAGCCGAGAGCCCAGGUGGCCUGUCGCAGCUGCCCUCGCCUCCCGGGGAGAACCACGUUCCCAGCCCUCAUUCCUCAGACACGGCCUCAGUGCCCAGAAGCGACCGCCCAUCCUUCCCGGGGGCCUGCGGCCACAGCCUCAAGCACGGCCAGUCCCUUGAGGCCGACGACAGCGACAUCUGCAACGUGACCAUCAGCGAGCUGUACGCGGGCAUGCUGCACUCCAUGAGCCGCCUGCUGGGCUCCAAGCCCUCCUGCAUCAUCUCCACCAAGACCUCCAUCCUGCGGCACUGGGGCUCCCGGGGGAGGGCCAAACAUAGGAGCAGGCUGAACAAGACCUUCUGCCGAGUGGGCAGGCCCCCCAGGAGGACCCUCAAGGGGACACCACCCCCUACUUCAGAGCCAGCACAAGAGAGGGGACCCCUGAGAGAUUGCCAGAACCUCCUUCCCGUCACUGGACACGAGACAAACUUCCAGAUGGACACAGCUCUCCUGGAAGCAGGUCCAGCCCAGCUCCAUCGGGUGAGCCCUGUCUGGGGGGAGCUUGAAAAGAACCCCCAAAAGUAUCCACCGCUGGCCCGUAGGGACCCCCGUGCCGGGCGUCACCAUGACCAGGAGAAUCCGUAUGUGACAUUAAAAUCGCUAAUUUCUCCCGUGAAGAUUGUUUCUAAACGGGGCUUCCUGCAGAGUGAGGGGAGAAGCCGUUCUAGGGAAAUUGAGGUACAGUUUAAUCACCUUUACCAGGAUUUCUCUCUCCAUCCCAGGGCUGUCCCCAUGCUCCUCCCAGGCCCUUCGGCUGUGGAGGUCUACAGCGGUGGGUCCCCAAGUUCCCGUGUUCCCCCAGCCUUCGGAAGCCACCAGCUAGGCACACCAAUCAGAAAAACAAGCUCAAAGAGGUUGAGCAAGACCUUUGAAAACCCAGGCAGUGGAAGAUGCAGGGAGGCAGGGGCCCACUUCUCUCCUUCGUCUUCUAAGAUGGAAGCUGUGCAGAGCCUUGGCCUUCGAGUGUCAGGAACCGAUCUUGGAAUGUUCCAGAAAUCUGUCUCCCCCCGCAGGACCCUCUCACUGCCUCUGAACUGGGGGCGGGAGCAUUACGAGGACAUCAAGGCGAGCUUUGACAGGCUGCAUCAGAAGUACUGCCAGAAAUCACCACGGCAGCCGGAGGCGCCAUCCUGCUCGGGGUCUGCCCCAGAGAGAGCGAGUGUAGAGGCCCCGCACCCCAGAGGGGACUGGCUGGGACAAUCAAAGCCUGGCUCUGGCUGCCAGGGCCCCCCAAGACUGUCCUGGCCCCAGUGGCACAUCAAGAGUCCACUGUGCCCCACAGUGGAGGCACCACUGUCUGCUUUGCUGCCUGUGGCCAGGAUCGGCCCUGAUUCCCCGGCAAAAAGACCCCGACUGUCGGACCCCCACGGCUAUGGGCGCUGGGCGGGGUCACACUCCUCACAGACAUCCAGGAGAGCUGGGCCGGUGGUCUUGGAGGAAGCCGGUUCUCUGUCGCCCAACGGGGGAGAAAGGAAGAGGAAAGAAAGGCCUGUUUUUUGAGAUGGAAGAGGAGAGUGAUCUUGACUGGGAGAAACUGAAGGCCGACCGCCCACAGACCGGUCAGCCCACAGCGUUGUCACCCUGCCCCGUGCUCUCUGCUCCUGUGAUCCUUGUUCUGUCCUGUUUUGAACGUCAAGGUGAAUAGGAGAACUCGCUUCACUUCUGUUUUUCAAAGCAGGUGUCAGUGACCUUGCUUCCACUGAAGUGCCCCAAGAGUUCUUAGGAUAGAAUCAUUUGAGUAAAUUUGAAUAAAAGUUAUUAUUUUUUUCAGA